AUGAAAGAUAAACAUUAUAGAUGUGUUAAUUGUGGUGAAGCUGUUAGUGCAUUGUACAGGAAUUAUGGCCCAUCUGUUUUAAAACUGACAAAAUGUGAAUCCUGCAAAUGCAUUGUUGAUAAGUAUAUAGAAUAUGACCCCUCAAUAGUUAUGAUAGACCUUGUUUUGAUAUCUAAAGAGGCCCAGCGACAUAUCAUAUUCAACACAGAUUUCAAGGCCUAUUGGAAACUAUUCAUAAUACUUAUAAUGCUUGAGACCUACGGUGUAUGGAGAAAUGAUAGUUUAUUUAACAUUGCUGUCAACUCAGUCUGUGAUAUCAAAAACAACAGCACUAUUAAUUCGACAUAUAUAAAAUUACCACCACAAGUAUUGCUAAAUCACAUAGAAACAUUUAAAACAAAUUGUUUAGAUUGGGCUAGAGAAGAAAAAGAUGGAGUCGAUCUCUUCAUAUGGGAAAAGGAUUUUUAUAUACAAUUUCUUUCUACCUUUACAGGGAUUGCAUUAUUUAUAUUAAUAGUACAUAGUUCUAUGGUUUUAAUCAAGCCAUUUGGUACAAAUUUUGAAGUGGGCGCCGUUCAAGUUUUGAAGUCCUUUUCUCUGGCCAAUACAAGCCUAUUAUUUACAUUGCCAACAUUAGUAUGGGGCACACAUGAGACCUCAGCAGAAACCCGACUGAUACACUACUUUUUUGUGUUUCUCUAUAGUUUUGCAGUAUUCUACAAUGUCCUUAUUGUUUUGUACAGAUGUCCAAGGCCAUUGACAGCAGUCAUAUUGCUGACUGGUAAUUUAAUGAAGUACUGGACAUCAUUCCAUAUUACGCCUUUCAUAAGAAGAUUAGUUUCAUAG